UCCAAGUCCAAUCCACGACCAUGGCGACCAAGCAGAGCCUCCUCGCUGCCUCCGCCGCGUGCAUCUCCCUCCUCCUCCUCCUCACGUUGGCAUCCUCCCUCACCGCCUUCGAAUUCUGCGAUAAGGGCAAGGACUACCCGGUGAGGGUGAGCGGCGUAAAGAUGGUGCCGGAUCUAGUCAUCGGCGGCGAGCCAAACUUCUUCACCAUCUACGCUUCCACCAAUAAAACCAUCACUCAGGGGAAGCUGGUUAGUGCUAUUACGUGUGGGUCCUUCCAUGUUCACUCUGAAGCGGAAGACAUCUGUACACUGACCUCCUGCCCCGCAACUGCUGACUUCGAGGUUACUCACCAGCUAGACAUGCCAUCAACCGACCCAAAUGGUGCUUACGCCAUUCGAAUGGAGAUGUUUGGGGAGAAGGAUGAGGAACUGAGCUGCAUAUCCUUGGGGUAUAACCUCACCGGUGGCCUUGGCCUUGAGCUCAACAUCACAAACCUCUUUAUUGCUUAGCUUAGCGGAAAAAUGUACUCUCUACACGCUGCAACAAUUUGUGUGCGACUACAACGUUGUUUCAAUGGUCGCUGUUGAGAAAAUUCUGAUUUAUAUAAUGGUUUACCGUUGAUUUAAAUAAAU